CACAUGCCAGUCUUUCAAUUGCAUUCAACGUUACUUCACAAGAAAGUAGUAAAAUACCUUUAAGGCCGCGUCCGUAGCAUUAAACUGGUGGCUGGACCAACGGAAAACAAGAUGAUGUAACGAAGAAUGAACAGAAGCACCGAAGAACACAGGCUUUCCACCCGUGAGAUGGAAAAGGAGUGAAAGUGAUCACAGUGUGUGGGGAAGGUGUGUGAAGAGCGGGCCGAAAGGUUGCGUCUUACGUCUACUACACCUGUCCUCUGUGAAUAGCAAGUGAGAAAUUGAUUCGAAAUUUCCUCUUCAGUCAUGUACUCUAGAACGACCAUGUGACGACCCAGAGGCGAAGAUGCAUUUGGAGUGUAAAAAGAAAAGACUUUGACCAAAUUAACGAAGAGGUUCUCUUGUGAGUUACAAAGAGGCUGAACCUACAGCCGUCCCUCCAAAACCAAACCAAAAAAACGUCACGCACACGCACACGCACGCACACACACACACACACACAAACACCCGCACCCUAUCCACCACCCACAAGAAAUACACAUCCAAGAAUAUCCUCCCCGAUCCACUCGCCCAUAAUCCACAAUGAGCCUCGAAAGGGCGGGUCCCUCUUCCCGGUAUGUGGAUUACACGCAGUCCAGCCACAGUGGAUACCGCCCCUCGUCGGUCUCCAGCUACGAGUACCCGCCCGAGAGACCGCCCCGUCGGGAGAGGGACCGGCGGGAGCGUAGCAGAUCUAGGGACUCCUCCCGGGAGCGGUACCCCGGGGGCAGAGGGGUGUACUACAACCCGGGCAUCGAGGAGGACCGAGCCCCGAGCGACAGAGCCGAGAGCGAGUUCACCGUCAGGAACGAGGCUGUGAUCAACCCGCAGCUGGAUGAGGAGGAGCGGAGGGCGGCGUCGCGGGCGGCCUCGGAGAUCUACGCGUCGACCAGGAUGCCGCGCCCGCAGUCUGAGAUCAGCCACUACACGUACCGCAGCGGCCGCAGUGGGCGCAGCGGCCGGAGCGACGUCAUCAGCGUCAAGACGAAGACCACCCGAGGAGGGAAGCUGGUGAUGGAGACCAUGACGGCGCCGCACCCCUGCUGCCCCAACACCAAGAGCGUGUGCUGCCUGAUGGUGCUGCUGAACCUGGGCCUCCUGCUCAUCACCCUCGGCUUCGUGGUGGUGCUGCAGCUGCACGACCCGGCCUUCGUGUGGUACAUCGGCCUCUGCAUGUUGAUAUUCGGUUUCCUUGUGUUGUUCGGAUCCCUGAUCUACUGCGUCUUCGUUUGCCGUGAAGUAGAGAGGAUGAGACCGCCCCCGGGAGAGCUUUACUGGACAAACCACUGGACCAAGCAGCUCAACAUGCCUGAAAUCCAUUACACCAACACCCAGUAUAAACCUUCUGAUUAUAAAGGUUCUGAAUUCUCCUUCAAGACGGAGCCAAGUCGCAUGACAUCGAACAGUCAGCGGUACUGAGGAUCGACGUGCACAUUUUAAAAAUGUAUAUAUUUAUGAAUAUCUUUUUCUCUCUCUCCAGUUUUGCUUACCGUAAAUAUUUUCUUUCGUUUAUUUUGUUUUGAUUUGUAUUUCAACUGAAAUGCUAGUUACUUCCUUUCAUGGUCCGUUUCUUUAAACACUCUUAAAAAGGACUUAUUUAAGAAAUCGAAGCUGUAGGAAAGGAAGAAAAUAGCUUGUUAAAUGGUAAAAAAAAGGCAUUGUUUAUAUGGAAAAACAUUAUGUACGUGAUAGUACUGAAAACAUUUGGAUAUGAACAGGGAAGGAAAUAAACGAAAGAAAUGGGGCAAAAAUAAAGAAAAAAUAAUUCACAAUUCAUAAUUUUGUCACCCAAAUAAUUUUAAAAUCUUAUUUUCCACACAAUUGGGUAAAUAAUCAUUAAACGAAAUAAAACAAACGUAUACGACUGGUUGAUUAAAAAAAAUGGAAAAUAAUCUUUUAGGACUUUAGGAAGGAACUCGCAUAUAUUACAGUAUAAGGCUGGUAGGGACUAAGAGUUAGCAAGUGGAUUCUUAGUUCCUACUACUGCCUUGUUAAUAUCAGUCAUUCAAUUUCGUUUGUAUAAUUUAUCACUUUGGUAAAUAUUGGCCCAUUUAUUGCAGUAGCUUAUCUGCACUAUGAUUUGUCACACUUUUAUAGAGAGGGAAAUUUUGUUUUUCGCGAGUCAAAUGGAACACCUCACGAAAUCAGUUUCAUGUAAUUGAAUUAUACUCGUAUAGUAAUUGUUUCUGGUACAGUGAUAAAAAGCUUUAUGAAGACAUAGCUUAUAAAAAAAAUACGGCUUCAAACAUCAACUUUAAUUCCAGGGUGAAAACAGUUAGGAAAAUGAUACCAGUUGCUAGAAUAAAUCAUUUGCAACAAAAAAUGUAUAUGUGAAUGUGUAAUAUUGCAGAUGCAUGAAAGCAGUUAAGAGAUCUAUAUAUGUAUAUUUCGAAAAGGAUACAUACAUAUAUAUUUUGUACUUUGCACUUGUCCAACUAGUCAAAUAAUUGCAGAAAUUUAGCCAUUCCAAAGUUUUUACACACCAUUACAGAGGUAGUUUUGUAACAGAGUUGUAAUGAUUUAAGGGAAAUGUAUACAUUGCAGAAAUGAGUACAUGACUACAAAGAUUUACAGUCAUAGAAAUUUGUGCUCAAAUAACAAGGGUGUACAGUAUUACAGAUGGUCAAGUGUACACAUUCUUAGACAGCAGUACAUGCUAAAUUACUUGUUUGUGCCAUAUUUUACAUAAUAUUAAACAAUACCUUUAUGGCUUUACUGACUUAAGAGGUUGUGUUAUGAAUAUUCGUUUGAAUCUUAAACUUUUUGUCAUUAGAAUAUUAUUGACUGUAGCGAUAACUUUUCGCACUGGAAUACUUUUUUGAGUUAAGGAAUAAUUUUCAUUUCAUCUUUUUUUAUUAUUAAAUAGUGAUUGUAUAUGUAAAAUUUGUGUUUUAAACGUGUAUCCAGUGAUUUGAUGUAUAUUAUUUUCAUGAAGUAAUAUAUCUGAAGUAAUUUGCUACUCUCUGGAAAACGUUACUGUUAUUCUGUGUUUAUGUUACUGUUUCAUACUAAUUAUUUCUAGUAAACAGCUGGUAGUCUUUUAAUUUUUUUGAAGUCAUUUUCUUACUAUAUGCAUUAAUUCCAUAUUGUAAUAUUUUUUUCACAGAGAUAACUAUAUUCCUUUUUUGAAACAAUGUUUCUCUUGAACUAACCCACUUUCAUAAGUACAGGAUUUUCGUAAUAUAUUGAUUUUAGGUCACCGAUGCAUUUCCACAAUAUCAAAACACAAUAGCACAUCGUAUAGAUUUAUCUUUUUCUACUUUUUUAUGGAUUUGAAAACAAACAUUUAAUAGUCACAUUUUACUGGCAUUGCAUACAUGUAUUUUAUUGUGUUUAUAUAUAUA